CCCCAUCGUUACUUUGACUCAUUGACAAAGCUGCUUGCUCUCUUUCUACAUAAACCCUAUAGUUUAGAUCUUCUCUGUCUCCACUUUCUCACUCACUUAGCUCCUCGCAAUGGCUCUCCCAGGUUUCUUUAAGAUCUUCCUCUCCCAUUUCAGCUCAGAAUCCAUGAUGAUACCAGCGUCCUAUUACGAUGAGCUACCACUUGUUUUGCCGAAAACAGCGCUUCUCCAAGGAAGUACUGGUGGAUGCUUCUGGAAAGUGGCUAUGUUUAAGAGGCGAGAUGAGGUGUAUUUUGGACAAGGGUGGUCUAAGUUCGUCGAGGAUAACCGUCUUAGCGAUGGAGACGUAAUGACUUUUGUUUAUGACGGAUCUCGAAGUUUCACGGUCAGCAUCUUUGGUGGCAGCAGAGGAUGUGCAGAGGUGAGAGCUGUUGCUCAAGUUAUAUCCGUAGAUGAUGAUGAUGAUGAUGAUGAUGACAAUGAAGACACAAACACUUCUUCAGAACGUGAUAUGUCGCAGACUGUCCCCAAUGCCAGAAACCAAGAGGAUUCCAGCAUCGUUGAACCUGAGGUUGCACUGAGAGUCCCAAGAACCAGGAACAAAGGGAAAAAGAGGGUUGUUGUGGCAAAAAAGAGACUUGUUGUUCAAGAUUCUGAUGAAUCGUUCGUCUCAGAGGAUUCAAACAGCAUGAGUGACGACAGUUCUUAUUCUCCUCCUAACGAAGACACCCUCCUUGACGUGACCCCAAAAGUGACUAACUCUAGGAAGAAAGGAGAGCUCAGAUCAGUAAACUCUUAUGUUGGUUCAACAAGUAACAUCUCUCGUUCAGUGUCUAGGACGAGACAGUCUACAAUCAAGAAUCCAGAGGUGUAUCUUGAUGAUCCGGAGAAUGUAUGUUUUGAGACAAUCGUCAAGAACAGGAUAUACGAGCUGACGGUUCCUAACCAAAUAGUGAAAGACUAUUGCCUGAAGUUCCAAGAUUACGUGCUUUUCAUUGACAACCACAAAAACGGGAAGCUAGAAGCGAGAGCAGCAACGUGGCAGGAUCAGCGUGUGUCUAUCAAAAAAUGGGAACGCAUAGUCCAGAGGAACGCACUGAAUAAAGGAGAUCGUCUCUUGUGCGAGCUGUUUCGAAAGGAAGGUCUGGUUUAUGCAAUCAAGAUCCAUUUCGUCAACACCACCCCCUAGAUAUUAAUAAAAGCUUUAAAAACGUUAUUAGUAUGUGGUGUGAGCAAAUAGAGAUAUUUGAGUUGCUCAAAGUUUAUGGUUUCUCAGUUUGCUUUGCUAUCAGCUCUAAGGUUUUAAGACUUUGAUGAAUCAUCUCUCUGUUUUUAGUUUGUUUGUUUUUUAUUUAAAAAGAGUUUGAGGUCUGAGUUUUAGUCCGGAUAGUCUGAAUUAGUCUAAAAAACAUGGCCUAAAGUAUUCCUGUCACCAACCAAUCUCUAUGCUUAUCA